AGGUGGCCAUCCAGAACACACAGUGCUGCUCUCAGGAAGAAGUUGAUAAACUCAACGAGGAAAAUGCUGAGAGGGAAAGUUCUGUUCUGCUCCAAAUGGAGCAUCCUGAAUUUCCUACUGAAGGGCCUGAGAAAAAAGAAGAAAGUUUGGCUUUUGAAAGCAGUUACAAAUACAGGAGAAGUUCUGUUCAGAAAUCCUUCACUACAGAAGAGCAGCAAGAAGAUGCUGUUGAUGAUGCUUGUCAAAGUGAAACUGAGCAAGAGAUAGAGAGUAAGUUGCCAGCAGAUGGGGAGAGGAAGGAGGAACAUCAGGUGUCUGGAGAUGAAAAACAAGAAGAGAGGAAGAAAGGAGGAGAUGAAAAUGCUGAUAAAAGUAAAAAAGAAGUUGAGGAACUGCCAGCUCCUUCCCAAAACGAAGAUAAGGCAGGACAAAGCCAUGAUCAAGAGGCACCAGAGGGAAGGUGUAAAGGCUGCGAAAAAGAUGAUAGUCCUACUCCACCAGCACCAUUUGAUCACCGGAUUGUCUCAGCCAAAAGGGUGGGGAUCAGCAGUUACUAUAACGUCAGUGAGAAUGAAAUCCUGGGAGGAGGGCGAUUUGGUCAAGUGCACAAAUGUGAAGAGAAAGCAACAGGUCUCAAACUAGCAGCCAAAAUUAUAAAAGCAAAAGGUCCUAAACAGAAGGAUGACGUAAAGAAUGAAAUUAGUGUCAUGAACCAGCUGAAUCAUGUGAACCUCAUCCAGCUAUAUGAUGCCUUUGAAUCAAAAAAUGACUUUGUCCUAGUCAUGGAAUAUGUGGAAGGAGGAGAGUUAUUUGACCGAAUUAUUGAUGAAAACUAUAAUUUGACAGAGAUGGACACUAUCUUGUUCAUAAAACAGAUCUGCGAGGGAAUUCAGUACAUGCACCAAAUGUACAUUCUUCAUUUGGAUCUCAAGCCUGAGAAUAUCCUGUGUGUGAACCGAUCAGCAAAUCAAAUAAAAAUUAUUGAUUUUGGAUUGGCAAGAAGAUACAAACCCAGGGAAAAACUUCGAGUUAACUUUGGGACUCCAGAAUUUCUUGCUCCUGAAGUUGUGAAUUAUGAGUUUGUCUCCUUUCCUACAGACAUGUGGAGUGUAGGAGUCAUUGCUUAUAUGCUCCUCAGUGGAUUGUCUCCUUUUUUGGGUGAUGAUGACAAUGAGACCCUCAACAAUAUCUUGUCCUGUAACUGGGAUUUUGAAGAUGAGGAAUUUCAAGGUGUUUCUGAUCAGGCCAAAGACUUCAUUUCAAAGCUCCUCAUCAAGGAAAAAUGCUGGAGAAUAAGUGCAACUGCUGCCUUAAAACACCCAUGGUUAUCAGACCACAAGCUCCACUGCAGACUCCAGAAGAAGACUGAAGGUGUGUCCCAAGCACCCCCAGCUCAAUAA